GUGCUUCUCGCGUAUGACCAUCUCCUCACUAUCUCCGGAGAGAUUGAGUUCGUAUGGCGCCGCAAGUUUUCCGGGGCCACCGUGGUCUUCUUGCUCAACCGAUACGUGACCUUGUUCGGCAAGAUUAUGCUUCCCAUAAGUACAUUCUGGUGGCCGAACCAAACAGACAAGGUAUGUCCGAACGAUCAAGUGCGUCCACGAAACAGCACAGCUAACGUCAUCCAGAGGUACAUCCGUCGCUUGAAUAUGCUUCUACUCUUCUCGGCACUAAGAGUAUAUGCGAUAUGGAACAAGGACUGGAGGCCGCUCGUCUCAGUUCUAGCUAUCGCGCUCACCAUUCCGGCGAUGAAUAUGGUAGUCUCGAUAGCUAUACACAGCUGUGCAAUCGCCGCUGACUUGCUGGUGAUUAUCCUCACCUGGGUUAAGACCUACGAAAUCAAGAAGCUCGCUGGCGUCCUCCGCUCGGACACGACGUUCUCCACACUCUUACUACGCGAUGGU